UUUUUUGCGCAUGCGUUAAAACCACGUGGUUAAGCAUGGCUAGUCCAGGUUCUUUGCCAUCUUUGCUGAAAUUUGUCAGAAUUGAUAAGGGUGAGGCACUUUCAGUCAAGAUACAUUUGGUGGGGGGUGCGGACUACUCUUGGUUUACUGAUAUUAUCCUCCAGGAUAUUCUGACACAGUCGUGUACUUUUAUAAAGAAACUGAACACGUCAAAAGAUAAAGAAGUGUCUGUGUUAUCUCGUUCUGGUAAGCUCAGGGUAUUGUAUCACAAGAAACCUUCAGCUGAAACUGGCGGACACAUACUAGUACCAUAUACUGGAAAGAUAAUGACUGGAGGAUACUGUCUCUCAUCCUUUGGAUUUGUUAAUGUUGAGGGAAGGAAAGUCCAUUCAUUUUUAAAAGGACGCAACACAUCAGCUGGUGAGAUAUAUGCUCCAUAUAAGGUAUGUCCACACCUCCUCUGUGUCUAUCUUGAUCCAUAUGAGUUACCGGAUGAGAGAGGAGUUAUUCAAAUACGGCAAACCUUGGAUCCCUCCAGCAAGUGUACUGAUGAUGUUGUUUCAUUAUUUGAUAGUUCAAAAUCUUCUGGUACGUCUUUAACUGAUUUCCUAACUGCAGCUGCUCCAUCCUAUCCACUCAAAGAUAAUAAAACUAAGAAGAAACCACAGAGUACUAGUGGUCGUUUUGCUGGAGGUAGGCAUGGCACUAAUGAUCUAUCACAAAGCAGAUUAACCUUCACUAGCUCACCAAUAGAAGGACAAGGAGACCUUACAACAAGAACUGAACCAAUCGUUAUAGAAUCACCUCCUGCUUGUGGUAGCCAUGACAACAACAAUACUGACCAAAGAAAGGAGAAGACAACCGAAGGACUAGCUUCAAAAAGGAAAGAGAUUCCUAACGACAUCCUUUGUAAUGAAGGUUGGCUGAGCAGUAGAGAGAAAAUACCAACCAAUGAAAUAAAACCAUCAAAAAGACCUAAAAGAAACAAAGCAAAAGGAAGAACAUUGGAAACAAAAGAACUGGAACCAAAAGAAAUGGAACCAAAAGAAAUGGAACCAAAAGAAAUGGAACCAAAAGAACUGGAACUAAGAGAACUGGAACCAAAAAAUAAAAAGAGACAAAGGAUGGACGAAGAAAGCAAAGAGGAUUUGGUUGUGAUGGGUAUAGAGAAGAAGAGUAGUGAUAAGAGAACAGGUGGUGGAGUGAGUGUUGUUGAUAGCUUAAUGGAAACAGCUAACAGGUUGGACCAGUUGAAGAAACAGGCUGAACCAGUUAUUGAAAUGACUGAAGAAAUGAAUAGAAUUAGAGCAAGAAUAAGAGAAGACCCAGAAGUGUUUGUGAUAUCAAGUGAAGAUGAAACUGAAGCUGAUCUUGAAGAGGAGGAGGAGGAGAAGUUAUCAAUGAUAGAGUCAUGGAGACAGAGUCACAGAUCAAGUUUUAAAAGGAGACAAUGUUACAAGAAACUUUUUAAUGGAUACAAUGACAUUAAUGAGUUGCCUGAGUUGGUUCUAAAGAAGUGGAUCAAAUUAAGAAAGAAGACACUCUGUGACAUAAUGAAUAAUAAACUUCCGUCAGAAAGAAGGGACAAGUUUAUUACAGCUGGAGCUAGGGACAGAUCUGGUCUCCAAUACGAGAACUGUACUAUAAUGCUGACUAAGGAACAAAAUGAAUUAAUAACCAAUUCACUUAAUUACAUAUUCUGUCAUAAAUCAACUGAACUGUUCUCGUUCAUGUGGUUAGUUCUCUAUCCUGAGGCUAUAGUCCACCUCAUCAUGGACUUCCACUCGCUCACUUAUGAUCAAGCUGAAUAUAAAAUGCAUCAUUAUUAUCCAGUAAAGAAUGAAAUAGACUUAAACAAUGUCAGAAUUUAAAUAAAUAACUAGAAUAUAUCUUAUGUAUUCAAAACAUAAUAUAAUAAUAUAUUAGCAGCUGGUGAAGUUUAUAAAAAAGAGCC